AUGGCCCUCUCCUCCCCGGGAACCCUGAGCCUGGAAACCCUGGAUGGCUCGGACCCUGACCCAGCCCCGCUGCUGGAAGGGGAGCCAUGUCCCCAGCCCUGUGAAAUCAUCCUGGACCCGGAAGCAGAGCACAGCACGGACAUCAUCCCGUGCUCCAGUGAGCAGUCAUCCCCACCGUCACCCCGGCUCCGCAGAGAUCUUAUUGCAUAUGAAGUCAAGGUUAACCAGCGAGACAUAGAAGACAUGUGUAUCUGCUGCGGAAGUUUCCAGGUGCACACGCAGCACCCUCUGUUUGAGGGAGGGAUGUGCACUCCGUGCAAGGACAAGUUCCUGGAGUGCCUCUUCUUGUACGACGAGGACGGGUACCUGUCCUACUGCUCCAUAUGCUGUGCGGGAGAGACGCUGCUCAUCUGCGAGAGCCCCGACUGCACGCGGUGCUACUGUUUCGAGUGCAUCGACAGCCUGGUGGGCCCCGGGACCUCGGGGAAAGUGCAGGCCAUGAGUAACUGGGUCUGCUUCCUGUGCCUGCCCUUCCCCCGCAGUGGGCUGCUGCAGAGGAGGAAGACGUGGCGGGGGUGGCUGAAGGCCUUCUGCGACCGGGAGGCGGAGAGUCCCCUUGAGAUGUACAAAACUGUGCCCGUGUGGAAGAGAGAGCCCAUCCGGGUGCUGUCCCUUUUUGGGGACAUCAAGAAAGAGCUGAUGAGUUUGGGCUUUUUGGAACAUGGUUCUGAGCCGGGGAAACUGAAGCAUUUGGAUGAUGUCACCAACGUAGUGAGGAGGGACGUGGAAGCAUGGGGCCCCUUCGACCUCGCCUACGGCUCUACGCCCCCGCUGGGCCACACCUGCAGCCAGCCCCCAGCGUGGUACCUGUUCCAGUUCCACCGCAUCCUGCGGUACGCGAGGCCACGGCCAGGCAGCCCCCAGCCCUUCUUCUGGAUGUUCGUGGACAACCUGGUGCUGACCCAGGACGACCGCGUCGUGGCCACUCGCUUUCUGGAGACUGAGCCGGUGACCAUCCAGGACGUCCGUGGCUGUACCAUCCGGAACGCCGUGCACGUGUGGAGCAACGUCCCCGCCGUGAAGAGCUCAAGGCAUUCAGCUCUGGAUCCCCAGGAGGAAUUAUCCCUGCUGGCUCGGGACAGGCAGAGAGCAAAGCCCCCCACCCAGGGCCCAGCCACGCUGGUGAAGAACUGUUUUCUCCCCCUGAGAGACUAUUUCAAGUAUUUUUCAACAGAACUCACUUCCUCUUUAUAAAUGAGUCAUUAUACCGUGAAAAAAAAAAAAGAGAGAGACUUUUCCUAGAACAAAGACAACUUUCCUUACAUUGUUUCUUUUUUCCUUUUCAAAUUAUUAUUUUAUUUGCUUAACUUUGGAUUUCCCGAGAUUGCUACAGGCCCAUCAUCCCUUUGGGUCUGGAGAGACAGGGCCCCGCUCCCACCAUGACCUUUGGUGGGAGGGGGCGAAGCCUCGGGUCUAGCGGUGGGCGAGGCCCUGGCGUGGCCGUGCACG